AUGGUCUCCGCUCCAUCUUUCCCAUCGCUCGACCAGUUCCCGCCAGGUUACGCAGAAGAGAACAGCUCGCGCCCGCUACUCGCAACAUGCAUCGCCUUCCUCGUCCUCGAAACAAUCUUCAUGACGCUUCUCUACACGUCUCGCUUCCUCUGCAAUGACGGAAAGCAGCCCGGCGAGCAGAAAGCCAAUUGGUACAUGAUAAGUCUAAUGACAGGUACAUACCUCGUCUGCGUCAGUAAAAUAACGCUCGGCUUCCUGAUGGUGCACAUCGGCGGCGCAGGACGACACGCCCUAACCCUAUCCUACGCCACCCUCACCACCUCCCUCCAGCUAAACACCGCAAUGCAGCUCGUCUGCCCCCUCACAACCAGCCUCUCCAAGAUGUCCAUCCUCUGCCUCUUCUACACCAUCUUCGGCCGCACCUCCGCACGCUACCGCCUCGUCAUCAGAACAACCUUCAUCCUCUGCCUCGUCACCCUCCUCGUCCAAGUCAUCAUCCCCUUCGCAAACUGCCGUCCCUUCAGCGCAAGCUGGUCCCUGAGCCAGCAAGACUUAUGCACCAUCAACGGGCUCAUCCUCUGGAAAUUCCUCUCCAUUCCAAACGUCAUAACGACCUUCAUCGUCGUAGCCAUCCCCAUCCCCGCGCUGUACAAACUCCGCGUCUCCUUCGCCACGAAGCUGGGCCUAGCCGUCGUACUUUCCGUCUGUGUAUGCGGCGUCGUAGCCGCUGUAAUGCGCUUUGCGGCCUUCCUGCGCGUGAAGUCCUUCGACGACUUCACCUACGAGCAGAUUGAUCCGCUGCGGUGGACGAUUGCCGAGUCGGGGAUAUACAUGGUUGCGGGGGUGCUGCCGACGUUGAGGCCGUUGAUGAGGAAGAUUUUCGGGAAUACGACGUUUGAGAGGAUUUUGACGGGGCGGUUCAAGUCGUCGCGGGGGAAGAGGGACGAGAUUAGGCUCGUGCAGAAGGAGAAGGAGAUGUCGGUGUUGAGCACAGAGGAGACUGUUGUUGGGGUGGAUGACGAGGAGAAGGGCAAGCUAUAA